GAUGGGAGGGCUUACAAUGACCGGCUAUGUGAUAACAGAGUCAUAAAGGCUUAAUAUCCUCUGGUCUUACAGGAAAAUGAGGCAUUUAUCUUUGAAAGUCUCUCAGAAAGUCUUUGAAAUCCCUGAAACCAUCACCGUGGGACAAUGAAUCUUCUUGUAGCGACUCUUUGCCUUCUUUGUACAGCUGCUCUGUGUGAAGACAAUCCCUCGAGUUCUGCAACACCCCCAAUGCCCAGUACUAGUUUUGGUACUAGUGUUAGUACUGUAACAGAGGACAAGACGAGUGGCCCACCUGCUACAGGUUCUACAGGUGCACCGGCUACAGGUUCUACAGGUGCACCGGCUACAGGUUCUACAGGUGCACCGGCUACAGGUUCUACAGGUGCACCGGCUACAGGUUCUACAGGUGCACCGGCUACAGGUUCUACAGGUGCACCGGCUACAGGAUCUACAAGUGCACCGGCUACAGGUUCUACAGGUGCACCGGCUACAGGUUCUACAAGUGCAACAGGCGGAAUCACUACAGAUACGACCACAGUAGACCAGCCGCCUCCAGAACCUUCAUCAGGGGGUCUUUCCGGAGGAGCCAUAGCAGGCAUCACUAUAGGAACUAUUGCAGGAGCUGGUGCGUUGGGUGGUGGAGUCUACGGUCUGCUGAAGUACACCAACAGGAUCUAAAACACGCCAACUCAAAAAUGAAAACUUAAUUAGUCAAAUGUUUAAAAAUGAAGCGUCUAUAAUCUGAGACCGAAUCCUGAACUGGUUCAACGGCCACAGAAGAUGAUUUGUCUGAAAGGCCAGAAUCUGGAGGACGCUGGAGUCCCAGACGAUGACGGGCCAGCAGGACGAUAAAUACCUGUUCUAUUCUGUUAUGUUGGUUGAUAACAAUUCAAGCUAAUAAAGGCCUUUAUUUUGUUAUAAAAAAUGUUAUAUGUCAGUUUUUCUGUGCAGGCAGCGAGAGUUCAAUUUUACAUGUUUAAAUUUCACACAAAUAAAAAAAGCAGACAAACAGCCUCUUCUUUUGCACUUUUUGUUAUUUUUAUUUAUUUUGCAGCGUGGCUCCAUUCUGGCUUUCCAGCCUUUUAGUCCUUGUGCUACCAGAGAAGGAAGUGAUUUAGUCUAGAAAAGGAAAACUAUUCUCUGCAUCUUCUGAACAUUUUCACAUUCACAACCAACAGUGCUGAUGUUUUAUUCUUCCACAUCCAAAGUUGGUUAAGUUUUCAUGUUUUCAAAUAAAGUUGAUUUGCAAAUAUAA